UGUGAAUAUUAAUGGCGGUGGAAAUGGCUACAAUGGAGGAGGCGGCCAAAAUGUGUUCAACGGAAACGUGGUCAUUACUUUCAAGACCCAGGCAGAGCUUGACAAGAUUUUGAACCAAAUCUUGCAGUUGUGGAUUACGACCUACUCAAUCCCUGGCGCCAAGAUUACGGUCGACAGCAAAAAGCCUGUCGGAAAUGGAAAAUUUACCAUCACGUAUAAAGAUCACCUACACGAGCGAUACUCCUGUUACUACCACACAGACUGACUUCAACAGCAUUAUUGGAAACAACAACAUCCCUAAUGUUGAGGUCCCUAAUAACGGCGGCAACGGUGGUGGCCAAAUUAACGGCGGUGGAGCAGGCAACCAGCCGUUCACCUUCAAUGGCAAGUUGGUCAUUUCCUUCAAGGUUCAGUCUGAACUAGAUAGCAUUUUGAAUCAGAUCCUGCAGCUCUGGAUCCAGACCUACUCCACAACCUGGAAUGUGUCUCCUGGUGCCAAGAUCACGGUCGUCAGCAAACAGCCAGCCGGAAACGGAAAAUUCACCAUCACCUACAAGAUUACCGGCACCAGCGGAACCCCGGUUGACACCACCGAUAACAGCUUCAACAACGUCAUCAGCAACAACGCCAUCAAUGGUGUCGAAAUCCCCAAUGGUGGUGGCUCUGGUGAACGGUGGAGGUCAGGGUUCGUCGAAUGAGGGCGGCAAUGAUGUUAAUGGAGGAGGUAGUGCCACCGGUAACGGCAAACCCUUCACCAUUGAAAAUACCGUUGUCAUCAAGACUACCAACUUGGGUAGCAUUGAUACAUAUCUGCAAAAGAUCCUCGCCUUGUGGAUUCAAACCUACAGUAAGCUGUUCAGCAUCAAUGGCCAGAAGAUCAUCCAGGUCACCGCUAGCUCUGUCAACCCGGGAUCCAUCACGGUCACAUACCGCAUCACCGGUUUCAGUGUGCAGUCCAUUGACGUCGACCAGAACAACUCCGAAUUCAACCAGCUGAUUGCCAAUGGAAAGGUCACCGGUGUGUCUGUAUCUGGUGGCGGCAGUUCUAAUUACAAUGGAGGUGGUUCGGCAUCUGGCAACGGCCAGCAAUUUUCCAUUGACAACACUGUAGUUAUCAAAACAUCCAACGUUGGUGACAUCAACGGAUAUCUGCAGAAGAUUCUGGCAUUAUGGAUCCAGACCUACAGCAAGCUGUUUACCGUCAGCGGUCAGAAGAUUGUCCAGGUGACCUCCAGCUCCGUUAAUCCUGGCUAUAUCACCGUUACCUACCGCAUUACCGGCUCCAGUGUGCAGCCUAUUGAUGUCGAUCAAAAUAACGCCGAAUUUAAUAAACUCAUUGCCGCUGGUAAAAUUAUCGGCGUUUCCCUGACGGUUGGCGGUGGUAGCACGGACAACAACGGCGGUAACAACAGUGGCAACAACGGUGGCAAUUUCGCCAUUAGCGAAAACCAACAGAACGGAAAGGACAUCCCGCCCGGAAACUUCGAUGUGACCUUAACCGUAUACCUGUCCUACCGCUCGGCGGCUGAGCGAGACAAUUUCCUCCAGCGAUUACUAGUUAUUUGGCGAAAUACCUUGAAUGACUACCAAGUGACCGGUUUGAAGAUCAGCUUUGUCAAGGACACGUUGAACGUCGGAACACUGCCGCUUGAUCUGGGUGGUGGCCCAGUCAACAAAGUUUGGUAUCGUCUUACAGGAGGCACUGUUCUGUCCUUCAACACCGCCGUUGUCUCCAAAAUCUUCGAACAAACAGUCGUGGAUGCGCAUCUUGGCGGUGUUGAAUUCACGCUUGGUGGUGGAUCAUCUGUCGGUGGCGCUGGCGCUCAAGGCAAUGCCAAUGCUGGCGGAUCCUCAUCGCAAUCUCAGACACCCGAAGGAAAUGUCGGAACCAUGCUCGGUGGCGGCGGUGGCGCAUUCAGUAUUCCCGGCACUGUCAAACUGACCUAUAAAACUACUCAACAGCGUGACACCUUCUUGAACCAGAUCUUUGGUUCAGUGGCGUAAUGCUAUCUGGAGCUACCAAGUGUCGGAUGUAAAGAUCAAGAUGACCGGCGAAAGUGGCAGCGCUCCCACUAAAUUGGUGUCGUACGUCAUCACCGGCAUCAGUGCUCUUCCGAUUAACCUGGACGGAAGCCCGUAAUACCUUCAAAACCACCCUGAUCGAAUCCCAUUUGACCGGCAUUCAGUAUGCUUAAUCUUCACAGUGUGUUUUACGCAGUGGUGUUUUCAAUAGUUUGAACAUGGCCUUUUUACGACUUUUCUGUCUCUUCUUUUCUUGCUAUGCUUUUAAAUUUUAAUGAGACUCGUAGAUCUUGAAAUGCAGUUACUUGUGUAGGCAGUGUCGCUGGAUGCCUACGGUAGAUGGUGAUGGUCUUGACUUUUCAAAUCUAAAUCGUAUUCCAAAAUUCUAAUCCAAAAUCCACUGCCAUUGUUUUAUGAAUUAAACAGAGCCGGUUA